AUGCCGCCGCAGGACCCGAUGGCGACUAACCAGGGGCCCGAUGAUGACCCUGACCCUGACCCCGACCCCGACACCACGCAUCGACAGCCCCAUGAAGCUGAUCCUCAACGUCUUCAACGCACAAGAACAUUUUCCUUGGCUGGCCCGCCUACGUACGAGGCUACGCAACACUGCUACCGAACAGACAGCUAUGUUCAACCGGAAUACCGUACCUACCAGGAACGGUACGAGCAGGAGAGGGCCCCAAUAUGGGGCUUGGCAGCACCCCUUCCUCGGACCGUCCGGCCUGGAAUGAGACCGAGACGUGCUUCUGAUGCUCAGACACUGCCGGGUGAAGUGCCUACAGUCAACAAUGUUCAAGAUUACAUGCGUCAUGUGCAAUCCAACGUUAGCCACCAACCAUCGACAGCACGUCCACUUAGACGCCCAUCGACGAGACGUCCUACAUAUCGACGUCCGUCGACCACUGAACCGAUUCGGGAGGACAGUCCCCCGACCUAUCGCCCAUCAGAAGAUCAUUCCGAGGUGCAACCUACCGAGACCGCAGCAGCACACACCUCCCAAGACGCUUCUCACCUAUCGCGAGUUGAUCUGUUGAGAACCGCUGCCGCCAACGCGUGGCAACAGCAUGACGAUGCUUCUGCUGAGCACGGCGAGACUUUUAACGAGCGAACCCCCGGCCAAGUGGAACAAGAAAUUUCUCACCACGCCUCCCACGAUUUCGCGACCGAUGCACCAUCUCGCCCUGCCCUAGCCCCAAUCCAAGAAGUUCCUCGCCCAUCACUGGUGGACAAGCCCGAGGUCGAGGCGCUCCGUAAACAGCUUCAGGCACAAGCCGACUUUGUGCCACACCGCGGCCGCUCCAUCGCCCGCGCCCCGACCGAAUGCGACUGGGAAGCGCCGCCGCACCACCCCACACCAGCGCAGCGCUUCUUCUCGCACCUGCACCGCACCCACUCCCGCCGCUCGCAGUCGUCGUCCUCCGCGCGACACGACCCAUUCCACCACCAGGAAUACCUCAACACCUGGUCCAAAUACCGCUACUUCCUCCGCGAGCCCCUCUCCGAGUUCCUCGCCUGCUUCGUCAUGAUGUUCCUCGGCUUCGCGGCCAACCUGAUGAACAAGAUCAACCAAGUCUCCGACCCCAGCGUGAUCCGCUACGGCGACUUCGUCUCCACCAACCUCACCUGGGGCUGGGCCUGCAUGGCAGCCAUCUACAUCGCCGGCGGCGUCUCCGGCGCACACCUCUCGCCCGUCGUGACCAUCACGCUCUGGCUGUUCCGCGGCUUCCCCCGCCGCCUCAUCUGGCGGUACGUGGUCGCGCAGCUCCUGGGCUGCUUCCUCGCGGCGCUGGCCGUGUACGCGCUGUACCGCGACGCCAUCACCACCACCGCCACGCAGGCCGGCGUGGACGCCUACGAGGCCAUCUUCGCCACCAGCUCCGUCUUCCACACCAGCCCCUCGGCGGGCGUCGGCAGCGCGACCAUCUUCUGCACGCAGGCGCUGAUGGUGGCGCUCUUCACGAUCACGGUGCUGGCGCUGGGCGACGACCGCAACGCGCCCCCCGGCGCCGGCAUGAACGCCUUCAUCGUGGGGCUGUUCGUCUUCGUCAUCGCCGCCGCGUUCCCCUACAACACGGGCGCGAGCUUCAACCCCUUCCGCGACUUUGGGCCGCGCCUCGUCGUCAGCAUGGUGUGGGCGCGCGGGGACAUCUGGACCGUGCGCGCCUGCUACUGGAUCUGGGCGUGUUGGGUUGCCCCGAUGGUGGGGAGUCUCCUGGGCGCGGCCGUCUAUGAUAUCUGCAUCUUCACCGGCGGGGAAAGUCCCGUCAAUUAUCCGGGGAUGGGCACCGCGGUGUUUGAACGGACUGCGGAGGGGUGGAAGCAGCGGGUGAAUGCGCUGCGGGGGAAGGGGAGGGAGGCGGAUGAGGAGCAGGGCGAUUUGGAGCUGAAACGGAAGGAGGGACAUUGA